GCGAGGGAAUCAGGAAUAUGAUAAAGACCCCACCCUCGAGUUGGUAGGAGAGAAAAGACCUCUACCAAAAAUACCUGGCUAGAAAUGGCAGUUCUUGGGCACUCUCCUGUACCUACUGGAUCAGAACUGGCAUUUCAAUAAGCUCACCAGGGAACUUGUGUGCACCAUAUGUUUGAAAAACAAUGAUUUAAAGUGUUGUCUUCAUUCUACAGAUGGAGAAACUAAGCCUGUGAGAACUUACAUGACAAAAGACUGACCCCAAAUCACUCUGCUAGAGAGCAGCAAAGCCCCCUUCUAAAGGCAGGCCUGACCCAAAAGACUAGGUUUUUCACCCUUAAGCCAAUGUUUGUGGAAGAGCUGGCAUCUGAGCCAGCCUCUGAGAUAUGGGUAAGACUGGGGCAUCCAGAGAAUGCAAGAAGGGAGACUGAAGGGAGAAGAAAGUCACCAAAGCCCUGGAGGUAGGACCCAGUAAGAAGCCCAGUCUGGCUGCAGCUCGGGGCCCUGCGGGGCUCAGCGAGAAAGGGCAGCUUGAUGAGGUCACGGAGUUCUCAUUAAUUUUGGUGGUGAUGGGGAGCUGCCUUGAGUCACAGCACAAAAGGCUCAACCCAUACUGAGACAACUCUGACAGAAUGGACCCAACAGGCUUCUAGCUUGGGCUCUGCCCUUCCCUCACUGGGUAAUCUUGAGGGCAGGGCCUUAACAACUCUGCUUUCAUGUCCUGUGUUUAUAUAAUGAAGAAAAUACACUUCCUUCCUACCUAUGGGAGACCACGUCAGUAUUCAAGUGGCAGGAACUUUGCUUUUAAUAAAAAAGAGGGGGGAAAGAUCUAUGAAAGCCCAGAACUCUACUUAGUAUCAACAAAGGGGGGGAAGACAAAGGGGGAAAAGAUAUUUUCCUACUACAUUAUGAGGCACACUAGACAAUAGUGUAAAUACAAACUGUGUCAGUUGAGCAACUGUAAUUGGUUAACAAUUUUAGAUCUUUAACAAAUCAAAGUAAGUUUCCCUAGAGUUUUGUGAAUUUUAGUUUGGAAGUACACAGAAUGUAAAAUAUUGUGGACCACAAAAGAGCCUUGUACACAUACCUAUACUUACACACAUACUAUUGAAAUUGAAACAAAACUUAAGACUUUAAAGAUGACAGAAAUCUCAGCUGGGCUUUUCAUUUUUUCUUCAAACCUCAGCUCUCUUUAUCCUAAGAAGUAAGCAUCUGUUUCUUAUUUUCGGCUUUGAAAUUUGAUGAGAUAGAUCAGAACACUGUGUUGUGAUGCAUGUAUGGUGCUUUCAGAGUGUGGUUGGGAGCUGUAAGGGCCCCAUCCCUCCUCCACUGCACUGCCUGCUUGUUGUGGGCUAGCAGAGCACACUGGGUCAGGAACCCCCAAAUCUGGGUUUUGGUCCUGAUUCUAAUUCACUGGGUCACCUUGAGGGUCAGGGAAAGGUGUGUUUAAGGCUUACUAAAUACCAGGUGCUUUUAUGUCAGCUCAGUGACCACUUACAACAACCCAAGAGGUAGUACUAUUCUUAUCCCCAAUUCCAGGAGGCAACAGUUACUCUGUUUUUCAUUUAGUUAGUAAGCAGCACAGCUGCAGCUCCCAACGUGGGCGGGGUCCCAAGCCCCUGCUCCUUCCACUGCAAUGGCCUGCCUCCAGCCCCCUUCCUGAGGUUCUGGGCUCCUAACUUAUGAAAUGAUGGGAGAGGAGGGCCUUCUAACCUCACUGUUGCAGACACAUAAACUCACAGACCAUGAAAUAAGAAUGAAUUUAAUCCUGCAAUUACUAUGCAUUAGAGUUUCACAUGGUGUAUGAGUCAGAUUGACAGCAGUACUCUUUAGGAAGCCUGGAACAAAGAUUUAAGAACUUAAGCCAGAAUCUGUGAAAAUCAUGGCCCCUCUACCCGCAGCGGACCUUUGGCCAGCAGGCAGUAGUGCAGCAGCAGCAAGUAAACAGCAGACCUCCUGUGGACCCCAACCAAGCCAGGCCUAGGGGCGCCUCCCUCUGGCCUCUUCCCAGGCAGCUGGGCCUGCAGAGGGGAGCAUCUCAUCAGCCUCCUUCCCACUCUCUCCUGCCUGCCACUUGGCCACAUACAGAUUUCCCAGCCAUUUCUCUUUAACCACUCUCAGCUUGAGGCAAUUCCACACCAAGUGACUAUUAUUUUACACCCGAACUGAACUUUCAAUGGACUCAGACCAUCCUGUCUCAGCUCCCGCAUCUAUAAAGUGGGCAUAAUACCUUAGGGAGUUGUGAAGGCGAAAUGAGAGAAUUAAUGGAAAUCCUUGAACACUGUGCCUGAAACACAGUAAAUAGAUGAUAAAUGGUGAUGAAUUCCUUUUCUCCUAUGACUCCUUUCUCUAAAUUCUGUUUCUCUGUAUUGCAUUUGAACAAACCCUCCAAUAUCUUAGAAAAAAAAGUUAUAGGCAAUAAGUCAGGGUUUUCUGUAGUGAGGUAGGGAACAAGGAGACCACAGAGGGAGUGGAGCUCACUGCCUUGGUUCCGGGCCACGCAGUGUGCGCAGAGGAGCCAACGAAGUUUGUAGCUGUGGACAUGUGAUGACAAUGAGUGAGUUUUCUUUGCAGAACAGCAUGACUAAAACAGCACUUGCAGCAACAGAAAUUUACCCACGUAAGCACGGCCUCCAGGUUCUGAAUAUCAGUUUCUGGUGAGUCUUUGAUAACAAGUGAAAACAAGGGAGGGCUUAUCAUAAGGGUAUAUCUUUGAUGAUUAAGGGUAUGGAAUUUUGUGGAAAUCCAAGUAUAGGCCCACAGUAGGGCUGGGUCUCCCAAAGUCUAGAAUGAAAUGUCUGGACCCACAGCAGUCCAAGGCGCUCAGUAGCUGAAGUCUGUGGGUGUUCACUUAUCACAGGGCUCAGCCACUAUCUAUGGGUCUGCUCCAGUCUCUUCUUACUGGAGUCUAUACAAACUUUUCUCACUGCUUACCUCACUGCUUCUACUUCCUCGUAAUUUUGGCAAGCUAGGACUCCUCAAAGGCCUGACUCUAUCUCAUGGCUUCUCUCUAUGUACCAUUUCAGCUUCAGUUUCUGUAGCUUAGUGUCCUUCUGUAAUCCCCACUUCAAAUUUAUGAGGGAACAUGCAUUUUUCUUCCCCACUAGGUCACAUCAUGAUCUCUGGUGAGCCUGUGAAUUGGCUCCUUUUGGGUCUGAAGUCCUCCUCUGGUCUGGCAGGUUUUGCCCAGGGAGUAGGGAUAAAGCAGGAUUUUAUGGUAGAAAACAUGGCUGUCUGGGGCUGCCCCUACAUGAACAGGAGUUACAGAUGUAGAAUUUUCUCCGAAAGAGCUGUGGAACAGCAAGUGCACAGCUGAUGUGUUGAAUACAUCUCCACACACUAGAGCACCCACACUGGCUCUCCUUCACCUCUGCUGCUGUGGACCACCAGGAUGCCUUCAGCCCGCAGUGCCGAAGCACCCAAUGGUCGGUGGGCGCAGGACCUGUGUGAGCCAACUCCUUCAAAGGAGCUUAGUGGCCUCAUGAACAGGUGGUAUCCUCCCCCUUCCAUGAACAGAUAAACUGAGCUGAUUCUGAUGGCAGCCUCUGAACUCUCUUCUUUCUUUGCCAUCACUUUUCCAGCCAUUGCUCACUCUAGGGGACCGUGGUAGCUAUGACUUACCCUCCCUCUUCCGGUUCCUCAGAGGGACUCCACUCCCACUCGAUUAAGUUCUAGAGGGCUUUCGUUCAGAGUGCCUUACCCUCCACCACACAGGACGAGCACCUGGCCUGAAGUAGAUAGUCAGAACACCCAUGCCCCUUACCACGGAUGGGGAAACUGCAGAAGAGGUCAUCUGAGGAAUGAAGCCAAAUUAAGAUAAGCAAUGUUGAGCAACUGAGAGAGAUGGAAAGAGGGAGCCCUAAAAAUAUUUUUUUGAGCCCCUGGGUCCAGCUAUGCAGUUUUCUAAGCCAACAGAUUUCCUUCUUAAAGUAAAGAGAGUCUAAGCUGAUCACUUGCAACCAAGAGUCCAGACCAAUACAUAGUUUUCUCAAGUAAAUUCUUCACUCUCUCACUUUUUUCCUCCUUCAACACAUUGUGGGUCCUUAAAUGACUCUAAUCAAAGUUGACAAUAACUAGCCUACCACUAAGUAGGAUGGGGAUGAAGUGGUGUAAGGUCCUUGUACUGUCCAAAAGAAGAAUAGGGAUAUUUAUCACUCCCAUAACUUAUCAACUUUGGUUAAAUUAAAAUUUUAUGGGUAACCGUGAAAGAAGAGCAAGUACAUAAUGUCCAAACUAGUAGAAGGAAAAAAAUGCAAGUGAUUACAAAUAAAGGGAAAGAAGGGAAGAAAGCUAAAAUGAAGGGUGUACGUGCAGGACAAAUGCAUGGAAAGCAUAAAAUAUGAAGACAGAUUUACACCUAAAUAUAUCAGUGGUUAUAUUAAAUGAAUAUGAACUCUGAUUAAAAGACAAAGGCAGGCUAUUAAAAAAGCCAAUUAUGUGCUACUUGUAAGAUACAUAUCUAAAACAUAGUGAUACAGAAAGGAUGAUGCUAAAAGGAGGAAAAGAAGACAUACCUUGCAUAGAUUAACCAAAAACGCAUGGUAUAGUCAUAUGGGUCUGCUAAAUGGAUAAAAUGGAGUUUAAAGUGAAAAAAAACAUUCUUUUACUAGAGAUGAACAGGGCAACUUCAUCACGGUAAGAUUAUUUCACCUGUAAGAUAUAACAACUUUAUAUUUGUAUGCACUUGAUAAUAGGGCUCAAAGGUAUAAGGUAAAAAAAUUAAAAGGUGAAAUAGACAAAUUCAUAAUCACAGUUGGAUAUUUUAACACAUUUCUCUUUAUAACAGCUAAAAUAGGUAAAAAAAAAUCAGGAUAAAGAAGACUUGAAUAUAAUUAACAAACUUGAUCUAAUGGCAUUAGAUCAAACAUCGAGUCCUCUAAGUGUAGAAUACACAUUACUUUCAAGUACACACAUAACAUUAAUAGAAACUGACCAUAAACAGAGUCCUAACAGAAAUUUAAACAAAUUUCAAAGAACAAGCUUACUGACCACAAUCAAUUAAUAAAAGAUAACUAGAAAAUACUCAUAUGUUUGGAAAUUAAGAAACACAUCUCUAAGAAACCUAUGAGUCAAAGGGAAAUCACAAUGCAAAUCAGAAAGUACUUAGAAAUAAAUGACUGAAAUACUACCUAUUAAAACUUGUGAGCCUCUAUUAAACAGUAUUUGGAGAAAAAUGUAUAGCCUUACAUGGAAAGAAUAAAAAGGAUAAAAAUUAAUGAACCAAGCAAUCCAUUUCAAGAAGGGAAGAAAACAAAAUGUACCUAAGGAAAGUAGAAUGAAAAAGAGCAGAACUUAAUGAAAUAGGAAACAACUUACUACAGAGAAUAUGAAUGAAGAUAAAAAUUUGUUCUUUGAAAAGAAUCUCUACUGAGACUGAAGAAGAAGAAACGGGAGAAAGCAUAAAAAUGUAAUCAGAAUGAAAAGGGAAGUAUCUCUACAGAUGCUGUAGACAUUAAAAGAAUAAUAAGAAAAUAUUAUGAGCAAUUUUAUAUAAAUUUUGAAACCUUAAAAGGGACAAAUUUGUAGAAAGUAUUACUAAAACUCAGAAAUUUUUAAUUGUCUUAGAACAUUAAAAACAUUGAAUCUUUGGUCAAAAAUAACAUUAAAGAUAACAAACUUCCAGAAACAGGUGGCUUUAUCACUGAGUUCUCCCCAACAUUCAAGGGACAAUGGAGGGGAAACUAAAUGGGACAGUGGAGGAGGUGACGGGUGUGUGUUAAAGCUCUGGACUAACUGCAGCGGUAGGAACUGCAGUUUGUCCUACUAACCUUCCUUUUACAAGUUUUCCCAGAAAUUGUGACCAGCCGGAAUCCUGGAGAAGCUGUAUCUGGAUGGAGUGAACUUAACACAAAGAGGCAAUGUAUCUGAAUGGACUGCAGAAUAUACUAUUGGCACCCCACCCAGAUCUUUACUGGCCAGCACACCCACCCCCAGCUAGAAGUGCCAGCUGAUGACAACUCGCAGAUGUCCCUUCUCCAGACAAACUGCCACUCACCCAGUCCCAGAAGGGAUUCAGGAGCCAUUUCUUUUGCCUCAGUUUCUCAGUUCUACAUACAAAACUUCAGAGAUGAACAUGAGCUGGAGUUCCCAAAAUAGACCUGCCUUUGAAGUCCUCUCAGGACCCAAGAUGAAGGAAACAAAGAUCAGGACAAGGAAAGGACACCUGGACCCACAAUAAGGAUUGGUCUGUGAGAGAUGUUCACCAGAAGUCCUCAUCCAGCAGAUGGGAUAGCCUGCUUCUAGAAAUUAUUGCCCAACAAGAGGUGUCUUCAGGAAGAGAGGCCUUUUGAACCUUAAAGGAUGAGUAGAAUUUGGAUAACCUUCAUUUCAAUGGCAUUGGCUUUCUGUAAUACCUUGUUUUCUGUUCUAAUUUUUAGAGCUUUGUUGUCUGGAUGAUUCAUGAAUGUUUGAUCUCUUUCCAUAGACUACAAGCACUUCAACUACAGGAAACAUACACUUAAUCCUCCAGAGAACUGAUAUAAGGUCAAAACUCAGAAGGAAACAAAGGUGAGGCGAUCACGGGGCAGCCACUAUCCAUUCUCCACACCCUGUCCCUGACAUUUUCAAGUUCACAGUCCUGCCCAAUCAAAGCACGGAGCUUUCUACAGGCACCAGUCUGUAUUUGUAAAAUGAGGGCUUGGAUUGGCUGGUCUCUAAAGUCCCUUCCAGGAUUGAUGCUCUGGGAUUCUGUGAUCGGUGUGAAGACUGGGCACCAGUGGAAGGAAACAGGGAACCUGGUCAGUGUCCCCAACAUCAGAAGGGCUGCCAUGGGCAGAGGAUGCAGACUUGUCCUUCAGGAGUCCGGAGGGCAGAAGCAAGACUGGAGGGAAGCAAAUGUUAGCCCAAGAAUGGGAAGAACUUCAACGGCUGGAGCAGUUCAACUCAAACUAGCUGCCUGUGAAGAGCAUAGUUCUUCCCAGUCAUGGAAAAGUUCAAGCAAAGGGUAAAUGGAAGAGCUGGAGGCCAGUUUAUUCCAGACACGAAAAGCACACCGAAUAGAACAAAUGGUGGCAAGAUGGCUUCGGCGUUCCCGGGACAGCUCAGCCAGAGCUAAAGUUGUUGCUGCUGAUGGGCCCCCUGGGGUCCCAAUUCAGACCUUCACACCGGUGAAGCGCACAGUAAAAAUAGACAAAGAUGCCCUCCUCCAAGACUAUGGAUUUCACAUUUCUGAGAGCCUUCCCCUCACGGUGGUGGCCGUCACAGCAGGAGGCUCUGCUCAUGGCAAGCUUUUCCCUGGUGAUCAGAUCCUUCAAAUGAAUAACGAGCCCCCUGAAGCCCUUUCCUGUGAACGAGCGAUCGAUAUCCUGAGGGAAGCUGAAGAUUCACUUUCAAUCACAGUUCUUCGCGGCACGUCGGGAGCUCCCAAGUCAUCCUUCCUGACUGAGGAGAAGAGAGCCAGGCUAAAGACCAACCCCGUGAAGGUGCACUUUGCUGAGGAGGUGCUCGUCAGUGCACACAGCCAGGGUAAUUCUUUGCUGUGUAUGCCCAAUGUGCUCAAGCUGUACUUGGAGAAUGGACAGACCAAAGCGUUCAAGUUUGAAGCAAAUACAACUGUGAAGGACAUCAUCCUCACAGUGAAGGAGAAGCUGUCGAUCCGGAGUAUGGAGUACUUUGCGCUGGCGCUGGAAGAGCAGUACAACAUCUCACGGCUGCACCUGCUGCACGAGGAGGAGCUCAUCCAGCAGGUGGUGGAAAGGGAGGAGUCACAUGACUACCGCUGCCUCUUCAGAGUGUGUUUUGUUCCCAAGGACCCCCUGGACCUCCUGAAAGAAGACCCGGUGGCCUUUGAAUACCUUUACCUGCAGAGCUGCAGUGACGUGCUCCAGGAGCGCUUUGCUGUAGAAAUGAAAUGUAGCUCUGCGCUCCGACUUGCAGCCCUGCACAUCCAGGAGCGGAUCUAUGCAUGUGCCCAGCCACAGAAGAUCUCUUUGAAGUACAUAGAGAAAGACUGGGGAAUAGAGAACUUUAUAUCUCCAACUUUACUGCGAAACAUGAAGGGCAAAGACAUCAAGAAAGCCAUUAGCUUCCACAUGAAGAGAAACCAGAAUUUGCUAGAACCCCGACAAAAGCAACUUAUUUCUGCUGCCCAGCUACGUUUAAAUUAUCUCCAGAUCCUCGGGGAACUCAAGACAUAUGGUGGGAAAAUCUUUAAUGCUACUUUAAUGUUACAGGAUAGAGAAUCCUACAUUGCCCUUCUGGUUGGAGCCAAGUAUGGGAUUAGCCAAAUUAUCAACAGCAAGCUCAACAUCAUGUCCACGUUGGCAGAGUUUGCAAACAUCAGCCGUGUGGAGCUGACAGAAGAGUCUGAGAAAGUGAGCAUGGUCAGAGUGUAUCUUCAGGAUGUCAAGGUUCUCACUUUGCUGCUGGAAUCCAACAGUGCGAAAGACCUAGCCUGCCUGGUUGCUGGGUACUACAGACUGUUUGUUGACCCCGUUACUUCCGUUUUCCUCUGGCCGGGAAACAAACAACAGGUGCACCGGGUAUCUGCUGAAGAAGGCUAUGAAUCCAGGGCAUGCAGCGACUCAGAAGAGUCCUCCGAAGUAGACUGUGUGCUGGAGCCUCUCUCUGACAGACACCUGCUGAUGCUGGGCCCCUGCAGACUGCUUGUAAAAGAGGAACAGCCUCCUGGGGACAGUCCCAUGUCUGAGGGGGCCAGGAAAGGCCCAAGCCCCUGCGGGGUCAGCAGCAUGACAGACAGUGCUGAGUCCGAGGCAUCUGACUCGGCCAACACCGAGAGCCGAGGCUGUAGGACCAGUGGCUCCAGUGAGUCCGUGGAUGCCCUGGAAGAGGACGACUUUGACGCCUGCUCCUCCAGCCAGUCCGGAUUCUUCCACUUUGCCUCGCCAGGCUUCCCAGAGGGUCUUGAUUCCAACAACCAAGAGGAGAGAAGCAGGGUUGAAACCAGCAGCUUCCUCUGUCUCCUGGACCUGGCGCAGACACCCAACCCUCCAUUCCAGAAGACAGAGCUUUCCGAGAGUCCCACUCCUGAAACAUUCAGCUGGGGACCUGAACUGAGUGCAGCCAGGCUGGACCCCAGGCUGCAUGAGGGCAGCAGGACCGACUACUACAGCCUGUGCUCCAGGGUCUCCCCCGCCAGCCACCUGAGCGACAGCUCAGAGAGCACAGCUUCCUGGCAAGGUGGGGACCUGCUGGCCUUGGGGCAGCAGGGCUGGACAGAGGCUCAGCCCAGCUCUAGACUGGAAGCCCUGGCCUUUGAGGAGGGCAGCUCGGAUGAGGAAUAUUAUGAUGCAGCUGACAAGCUCACACCCCCUGACGUCCUCUCAGGGCCCAGAGCUAUGUCUGCUGGAGAACCCAGUGCCACAGGCUUGCAGAAUAAGGCUAGUUCUUGCAGCCCUGAGGACAGCCUGAAUCCCCCAGAUGGAAGACAGCCAAGCAGAAGGGGAGGAGUGAAGAAGUAUGCAAAGACUCUGAGAAAAAGAAGGUCUUUCCUACAAACUGACUACACCUGUCAGGUCUCCUUUCCCCUUGUGCCAUCAGCCUCCCUGGAGAGCAUGGACGACUUGUGCUACUAUGACCGGCAGCCCUAUCUUGCCCUCAGUGCACCCUCACCUACUGUGUCCUCUCUGCAGGACAUGCAAGGUGAGCCCACCCUCCUGGAAACCAAGGCCCUGGGGCUGCUGGCUCCCCUGAGGGAGACCAAGAGCAAAAGCCCAGCCUCCCGGAUCAUGGAGAUGGAGCCUGAGACCAUGGAAACCAAGUCGGUCAUCGACUCUCGAGUGUCUUCUAUUUCUGCCAUUCGCCUCCGGAUUGAUCCCAACCAUGAAGAAAAUUCUGAGAUUGCCCCUUUGACAGCUACUGUUGCCAGUUCCCCAGCAAGCAGCCCUCACUGUUCCAACCCAGGCUCAUCUAGCCCAGACACAACUCAGGCAGGACCUUCCCAAACCUUAUCUCCAUCUCAAGACUUGGAUGGUAGUGCCCCCAAAGAACUUGCUGCAGAGCUUGGAGAUAGUACUUCCUCCCUCUCUGGUGCUGGCCCAAACCCAAAUAUAAUCUGCCUGGCCAUCAGCCCAGGGCCUCAUAUUGGCUCUCAAGGAGAUACACUAGAGCUGGGAGGAGCCCAGUUAGAAACAGGACUGGGAUUCUUGCUGGCAAAUCAUAUGCAAGAAACUACCCCCAAAUACAUAGGCCCUUUGUUGUGUACUCAGGAUAGGCCUGCAAGUGGUGAAUGUGGAAUUAAUCCAGGAGAGAAGACAGCUUCUUUCCCUACAAAGGAGGAAGAACAAGAACAAUUCUCUCUGGAACAUGAUGGAGAAGUUACAAACAAAAAUGGCAACGACUUAUUACAUGAUGAACCUGGGGAGGAUUCGGGUGAUGCCAAGGGUGCCACAUCAGAUGCUGUUGCACAGACAAUCAGUGCACCAGUUGGUGGAGUAACAGCCGCGCUCUCCUUGGGGACUCCUGUAACAGGGACUCAGCACACCCCAGCACGUUCCCCCACAAGCCCCCAGGAGCAAAGCAGAGAAGCCCCAGGCCAAGCCCAUGAGAAACAGAAACUUUGGGCAGAGCUGGAUUUAGACCCUGAUUUCUUACUUCAGGACCAGACUGUUCCAUCAGGCUUCCCACUAGCGGUAGUCAAAGCAGAGCCACUUAACCACGUGAUGGGGGAAGAUACCAUCCCUAGGGACACACCUCAGCAGGCCUGUUUGAAUCCAGGAAGUUCUCUGCCAAACUUACUACCAUGUCCCCAAGAGGAGCCCCACUUAGAAAGUUUAAGCCAUUGUUCUCUGUCAGAAAGCAAAGAGAAAAGCCCUAGCAUCUGCCUUCCUGCUGAGAAGGCUUUCCUGUGCUUUGCGCCAGAAACCCAUCCUAAAGUUUCCGCCAGUCUCAGGAUGGCCACAUCUUUGGGGUUUGCAGGUAUGAAUGAGAUGGUGGCACCCAGGAUUGGGAUGGAGCAGUGCAGCUGCCAGUUCUCCUAUGCCACAUGCUUCCAUGGCCUGCAGCCAGAGACAGAGGAAGAAGACAGGGACUUGGAAGCACAGCCCACAGCCCCCCUCACAUCACCUCCCUCUGCAGGGAGCUGGUUGGCCCUGCCCUGGAGGCCUGCCAGGGCCCACAGCUGCAGUGCCCAGCCCCUGUUGAGGAAUAGGCACAUCUGGCCAGAGUACUGCUCCAGGGCUCUCAGACAGCUGAGAGCUUCCCCUACCGGCACUGCUGAGGCCUUCAUCCAACUCAUGGAGAACUUGCUGGAAUUACAAGACAUUUUAGAAGCAUCCUGGGGGAAUGGGAACAAACACCCCCCAGAGAAGUGCACCUGGCAUUUUUCUGAAAGCCGGGGCCGCCUCUGCAUGGGCUCCCAGAAACUUCUGUCAAGCUGUCAGCAUGUGAUCAGAAUGGACCAGUCCCCGGAAGAGAUGCAGGGUGCUGUGCAUGACACCUUCCAGCACCUGGUCCAGCUGGCUAGCAUGUGCUUCCAGUUCACACACUGCAACCGCUGCUCUGCCCGGCACAGGGAAGUGGUGGGGAACCUGAGGGAUGUGGUAUACUCCUAUCACCAGUUUGUGAAGGCUGCUAAGGUGACCUGUGAAAGAGGCUACCACGACCUGAGUGUGAAACUCUUGGUGCGUCAGUGCACAGCCCUCACAGCUGCUGUGUUCUGUCUGACCCAGAAGUUCCGGGCAUCCACUGCCCUGUGAGCAGGCCCUUUGCCCAAGCCCCCAGCCCUGCCCUGUCUUGGACACUUUUCUGAGAGGCUCCUUCCAUUCUUCCACCCAACCCUCUCAAAUGUUUACUGUUUAGAGUAUUCAAAUAAACUCCUGCUUAAUCUUG